AUUGCACAAGUGUGAAAGAGACACACACACAUUUUGACUUACAAAUGGUUUUCCAAUAUUUUUAGCCGGAUAAUCAACAUGAAAUCGUUUGUACGACACCUGUAAACGACGCUCCAAUUAGAAAAUCCCAUAAAUAUCAAUAAUGUAAAGAUAAUUUACGUUGUCUAGUGCACAAACAUCGAAGAUCGAUACUUUGGCUUUGUUAUAAUACCUGUCUUCGUGUGAAAUGAAAUAGUUUAGUGAUCGAAAUUCCGCGGAAUUCAAGCAUUUUAAUUGCUCCAAUUUCGUGAUGCGAUUUCAUGGUGGAUUACUGCUGGUUUUUACUGUAAAAGUGCUAAUGGAUAGUGCGCGGGUGUUCGUUUUGAUUAUCCUAUAGAUGAACCAUGGAGACCGAGUCUGUGCGGUCCGAAAUAAGCAGCCGGUCGAGGCGAAGCUCCCGUCACAGGCAACAUACCCACCGAAGCACAAGAAGUACAAAAUCUCAAAGAAAAGACUGCAGUGACAACAUGGCGCCGUUCCAGACCAGCGUCAACAUUAACCCUGAGAUGGGAAGAGACGGCCAGGAAGUUAUAGAAGUCCAAAUUUUACCCCAAGACGAGAACUGGGGCGAGAACACUACAGCUGUGACAGGAAACACUUCAGAAGGCUCCCAGUCUAUGGAAGACGUCAGCAAUUGGCCCAUGGAGUCUGAUAGUGGUUUAGGGUUUGUUUGUUCGCGAUAUUUUGGAACAACAAUAGCUUUAGGUUUGACAUUCGUCUCCUUCGUCAGCCCCUUAGCAAUGGUGGUUUUACCAAAACUAGGCUUUUUUCCCGGUUUAUCAGAAAAUAUAGCCUUGCAACCGAGUCAGAGGAUUCAGUUGCUCUCAUGUACUGCAGAAUGUAAAGGUAUUCUGCUGUCUUUAGCUUUUAAAUUAGUGUUAUUGGCUAUAGGCAUUUGGGCCGUGUUUUUGCGCCCGCGAAACGCUAUACUGCCAAGAUUAUUCGUGUUCAGAGCUAUGAUGCUGGUCAUUUUAGCUGUAUGUUCGUUUUCCUAUUGGUUGUUCUACUUUGUACAAAUUACUGAAGCAACGAAAGCUUUGGCUGUGGGUGAAGAAGCUAUGGACUAUACGUCGUUAGUGUCAUACGUGUCUAGCUUUUCUGAUACGUUGUUGUUCAUACAUUACGUAACAGUGGUUUUAAUGGAAAUAAGGCACUUGGAGCCGGUGUAUUACAUCAAGAUUGUGAGAAGUCCGGACGGAGAGAGCAGGUCGUACACUAUCGGCCAGUUGAGCAUACAGAGAGCGGCCGUGUGGGUGCUGCAGAGGUAUUACACCGAGUUCCCCAUAUACAACCCGUACUUGGAGAAGAUUCCCAUAUCGAAGUCGCAGUCCAGUAGAAAGGCGCAGGCGAGCAUAAAGUUUUACGAAGUGGAUUCCAAUACGAAUACGCAGUCUGGGCAGACGAGGUCGUCGGCCGGUUCGUGCACCGGCAGCGCGGGGCGGCGCCGCGACUCGGGCUCGGCGCACAACGAGCGCUACUACGAGGAGGCGGAGCGCGAGCGGCGCGUGCGCAAGCGGCGCGCGCGCCUGCACUCCGCCGCCGAGGACGCCUUCGCGCACGUGCGCCGCGUGCGCCUCUCCGCCCCCAACGGCGGCGCCCUAGGCCCGCGCGAGGCGGCGCAGGCCGUGUUCCCGUCGCUGGCGCGCGCGCUGCAGAAGUACCUGCGCGCCACGCGCCAGCAGCCGCGCCACUCCGCCGAUUCGGUGCUAGCACAUCUGGCUAGAUGUCUGUCCCAGGACGCGUCCCCGCGCGCGUUCCUGGAGCCGUUCCUGGUGGAGGGGCCCGUGCUGGCGGCGGAGCAGGAGGCGCGGCCCGUGCAGCGCUGGUCGCUCAUAUCCGACGACCUACUGGCCAGGCCGCUGGCUGACAACGUCGAGUUCCAGCUGCGGCAGGGCGACGUCUCCCUCAUAUGCUCCAUAAAGCAGCUGCCCAAGUUCAGCCUUUCUGAAGAGGUGGUGGACCCCAAGAGCAACAGGUUCAUUCUCCGGCUCAACUCAGAGACAUCAGUCUGACAAGAGGAGUACUCCGACCGGGAUGGGCAUAGGCUGGUAUGACAUUUGGACUUUAUUUAGUUUUUAUAAUAUUUUUUGAAGAUUUUGUGCGUUUUGUGACAUAAUCUCUCUCUCUGUUUAUAUAAUCUCUUCUCUGAUAGGGUCAUUUAAGAAAUGUAAAUAAUAAGGCUUCACUAGCUUUAAGACUAUGGUGUUUUAGGGGCCAAAAUCCUUUGCACUUCACAGCACUAACACAUACGUUGGAUUGUAGACGGGAAUAUAGAAAAAAAAGAGAAUAAUGCGUUUAUUUCAACAUUAUGCUACACAUCACAAAACAUCCAGAAAAAUAACCUGCGAUGUGUGGCAUAACCCUGAAAAUGGCCUUAGCUCAGCAUAAUUCUUCAUGACCAUCAGCAUAAUUCACUAUAAAUAUAGAAUUAAAAAAAAACGAUGCUAUCCCAGUAUACUACCUCACGCUUGCUUACUUUUGUCAUUUCUUGUCAACUCCGCUGUUUCUGACAAAUAGUUGCAACCCUUCGUUUUCGAUUUGAUUGUUUGUUUGAAUUUAAUAUUCGAGUCCCUGGAACUAUUACAUUGAUUUGAAAAAUUCUUUCACCAUUAGAACCUUACAUUAUCCCUGAUGAACAUAGGUUAUAUUUUAUUCCCAUAUUCCCAAGGUAACAAACUUAUAUAAAUGUAGUAAUUUGAAGCAUAUUUAAUAAAAUUCACUUAUAUUGUUUACAUUUAUUAAAUGACCUAAAAACAGAUUACUUUCACGUCGAUUUUUAGACGAGUAUAUGUGGAUUUACAUAUUAACAUCCACAUGUGGAUACGCUUUAUAAUAAGCUUAAAUGUGUUCUAAAAAGCCUUCCAGAUGUAAGAAAUACUUAAAGGAUUAGUGCUCACCUCACGAGGAGACAAAGGCGUGUUUUUACUGUCAAACUAGGUUUGGGAAAUAAAAUCGAUAUAUCAAAACAUCGAUAUUUUUUCCGAAAAUAAUCGAUAUAUAUCGACGAUGUUUUUUUUUCGAUAUAUCGAUUUUCGAUAUUUAUUUUUAAGUAUCAAAAAACGAUUAAAAAAUUAAAAAAAUAUCACUGAACUAUUAAGUACUAAUGAAAAUUGUCUAUAGUCUAUGAUCCGUUUGUGGUCUGUGCAGUGAAGACUGAAGGUCUUAGUUGCAGCUAGUUCGAAUUCAUAAAUAGUUUGAUCGGUAAAACCGCCGCUUUGACGUACAUCGUCGAGUGAGCGCUGAUCCUAAAUUUCUAAACACUAUUUCAUAUAGAUGUUACUUAUGAUAUAACUAGGUAACAAAAAUAAAUAUAAAUGUGCUAUUUAAUGCUGUAAAAUAACGCACAACUUAAUACAAAAUACUCAUUUUUUAAUACAAUAUACAUAAUUUAAAUUGUAAAGAUAGCCUGCCUUUGAGUUAUUAAAAUAAGAAUGUAAAACUUUGAAAUUUAGUUUUUAUAAGGAGAUUGGCUGACUGAAUCUCAAAAAAAUGUGCAAUCAACGACAGAAAUGAAUCUCAUUUAUUUUGUAUAAUUUUACGCCAUUAUGUUAAUUAUAAAAGACUUGAAUGCAUUUAGUAUUACUUGUAUUCGUUUGUAAAUUUGUGUCAUAAUUAUUUCAAAUUAUGUUAGAUGAGUUAAAUAGUUUGGAUUUUUUACUGUAUGAAGGUUUAUUUGGCUUUGGUUGUAAUGCUAUUGGUUGGUAUGCUAAUACUGUUUUAGAACUAUUGGUAAAGGAAAUUAUACCUAAAGGCCUUUAAAUAUAGUCCAAUAUUCAAUAAAAUUCCAAAUUCAGAGCAAACUCAACCUUAAGGAUUUAGUUUAAGGUUAAAUUUGCAAAUGCGAGUACUUGAAUUGAGUGCCAAGAAGCUGUGUUUGGCGCUCAUUGAGUGGGGACCAUUUUUGGUCACUGAUUGUACAUCCACUUUCUAAUAGGAGAUGAUGGAUAUAUCACAUGAAUUCUCAUUACAAGUGAAUGCUCAAGACUAUUUAAGCACCUUUAUCAACAAUCACAAUCCUAGUGAUUUUAAAAUGUAUUUCUGCAUUGUUAUCGGUCCACAUAAACCUUUAUCGUAAAAUAUCACGUUAAUCUAUAGCUGUAAUGGGGUAGGUUAGUCACUCAUUCAAAUAGAUAUAUGAAUAUGAUAUAUGUAUAAAAAAUCAAAAUAUAUAUACAUAUUUAAAAUUUAGAAUUAGCACAAUUUGUAUAAGUAAUAUUAGGAUCAUAUCAUAUAUUCUAGUAUAAAUAUUUAUUUCUUAGAAUAAACAUUUUUAAUACAGAAAUUGUAUAGUGUCUGAUAUUUUGUACGCUUUUGAUGUAAUGAAUGAAAAUUGGAUAAACUUUGAUAAUUAUGUAAUUUUAUUACAUUUACACAAUCAUAUACAUAUUGGUAAUAUAAGUAAAUGGACGGUUUUAUAAAUCAAGAAAUACUUAAUAUUAUUAGAAUAAUUGAUAGUAUAAUCAGAGGCACAAUUAUCCGCCCACAUUAAUAUGACGCGAGUAUAGUAAAGUGGGCGGAUAAUUGUGCCUCUGAGUUAUAAUAGUCAAUUUUCGUCAAUAAGUCUUUAGUCUGAGAUGUACUUUAUCGCGUAAAGUGAAUAAUAAUAAUAAAUUUAUUUUCCCAUUUGAAUUACAAUGCUGUAUUUAUUCUAUAGUACAUUUAUCGAAGCGAUAAAGAAUCGUAAAAGAGAAAAAAAAUAACUAAUUGGCCUUGUUUUAUUUUAUUUUGUAUCAAAAAACAAUUCCCAUAUAAGAAAUUUUACAUAUCCAAUACACAAAGGCUGUUUAAAAAUUGUAAAACAAAUUAACAUUAACAACUAAAUACUCAGUUGAUUUAAGUCUAAUCCAUUAAAUGAAUAAUACAAAAAUCCUGUAAAAUUUUAGGAUAUUAAAAUAUGAUAUGUAAAUAUCACGCAAGCGAAUAGCGGUUGUGCUUAAAACAUAAAUAAAAUUUAAUAUAAACCACCACUCUGAAGCUUUUAAUGUUUCGCUAAAUUUACCAAAGAUUGCUUCAAUCUUGUGCUUUUGUGACAAUUGUCAAAACAAUCAUGUAAUUUUUAUACUAUUUUUGUAUUGCGGAGUGGGGGUAGAUAAAAAAAUAUACACUGCGGAUAUGGAGGGUAGGAUCUAUGGGUUUAUUUCUUAUGGUUUGUAUUGAAAAACUCCAUCGAAAUGCGUUACGUUAAGGAGGCUUUAUUGUGGUAUGGUUGAGUUGUACAGUUGUUGUAGUAUGAUUGUACCUUCUACCCUCCAAAAUUAAAUAAAUAUUUGAAAUUAGUAUAUAUCACUUUGCCUACAAUAAGAAAGAAGAGUAAAAGGAGGUUUAUUUGACAAUUAUCAUACCCUUUUUCAUUCUGGUUGAAUUAUUAACUAUACUUUAUUCCUUACCAACAGAUAAGGUAUAAAAAUACCUACCAGGAUAUACUUACAAUGGCCGGAAACACAGAUUUACCCUCUCCACUAAUGAACACAUUAGGGAGGCACUGCCUACCCUAGGUAAGCACUGUACUCCGCUCUGUAGUAUAGUAUAUUGUAUAGACUUAAACAAUAACAACAUUGUGUCAAGUUGCUCAAAUCGCAGCCUUUGUAAAACGCUUGUGCCUGCUUUAGGUUAUAGGAAUUUAGUCUCUAGUGUCAUUUUUUGGAUAAAAAGUAGGUCAAUAUUAGCCAUUUUGUUUAUUUUAAUCGCUGACUUUUAAGUUUACUAAUUUUUUUUGACGGCCUCCGUGGCGCAGUGGUAUGCGCGGUGGAUUUACAAAACGGAGGUCCUGGGUUCGAUCCCCGGCUGGGCAGAUUGAGAUUUUCUUAAUUUGUCCAGGUCUGGCUGGUGGGAGGCUUCGGCCGUGGCUAGUUACCACCCUACCGGCAAAGACGUACCGCCAAGCGAUUUAGCGUUCCAGUACGAUGCCGUGUAGAAACCGAAAGGGGUGUGGAUUUUCAUCCUCCUCCUAACAAGUUAGCCCGCUUCCAUCCUAGACUGCAUCAUCACAUACCAUCAGGUGAGAUUGUAGUCAAGGGCUAACUUAUAAAGAAUAAAAAAAAAUAAAAAUAAUUACGAGUAGGUAUAUACAAACUUUUCUGACCAUACAAAAUUUGAUAGUGGCGAUUGUACACUCGCAAUUUUGUAUGGAAUACUGCUGGUUAUUCUACGAAAGCUACGAGAUACACUGAUGUUUUGUAUUUCUUGUGAUUAUAUAAUUUAAACAAUUUAUGUUUGGCGUUUUUAAAGCGAUCGAGUUAGCGAAUAAGCCAUUUCGUUAACAGUGACCAACUUAUAUGUUAGUAAAGAUUUAUUCAAAACAUUACUCUAGACACUUUAGUUUUUAGUACUUUAACUUUAGAUAGAAAUAAAAGAGAAAGGUCUGUGACAUGGAAGUAGGGAAUUUGUGUUUACCUUCGACAAAUAGAAAAGUCCUAGCUUAUGUAACGGGAAAUUUAUGGUUUCCUCGUGUUUUCCUCGAAACAAGUCCUCGUACAAGUCUCAGUUGAACUAGCAAUGAAUGACUAUUUUAGGUUAAAACUGUAAAAAAAAAAUAAUACACAAUACCCUUGGGGGUAAAACUUGUUUGUAACAAUUACAACCUUCAAAGUCGAUGUAAAAUUUGUAUGGAUUUGUCAAAUAACAUCACCGUCUAUACAAAAUGAUGAUUAAUUGUUUUGAUAUGAUUAACAUUGACCUCUUAUAAUAAAAGGACGCACAAUCAUGUAGAAAAUUUCACUUAAAAACUGGCUAAUUUUGCUUUGAUAGUUUUAGAAUUAUUGUUAAAAAACAUACCUAAAGGCCUAUAUUCAUUAAAACCCCAAAUUCAGAACAAAUUCGACUUUAUGGAUUGAGUUUAAGGUUGAAUUUGCAAAUGCGAUUACUUGAAUUGAGUGCCAAGAAGUUGUGUUUGGCACUCAUUGAGUGGGGACGUUUUUUGGUCGCUGAUUGUGUAUCCACUUUAAUAGGAGAUCGAUGCUGAUUAAUGAUGACGAUUUUGUAUGAUUAGUUGUUUUAUAUUAUUCUAUAGUUGAUUAUAAUUAUUUUUAAUAGAAAAUUCAAUUGGACUGAAUCUCGCGACUAUACUGAAUAUUUACGAAGCACAAAUAGCUUGUUAUACAGUUUGAAGCACAAUUAUUGUAAUAAGACAACCAUUGUAAAACAGUUUGUACACUUUUUGUAUUUUAUAAAUAUAUAAAGUGAAUUUUAAA